AUGGAUGAUUACAAAGAGCAAGAACCUGCAAGGUGCCAUGUAAAUAUGGAAGAAACAAAGGAGGAAAAUGCAGGGAUAUUUUCAAACCCUGGUGGUAAAGAUGGGAAUAGUUACGGCAGUCGAACCUCUUCAGCUUCAGUGCCUCCGAAUGUUAAGAUCUUCAAUUUUGCAGAUCUCCGUUUAGCCACAAAAACAUUUCGACCUGACAGCGUGCUCGGUGACGAAGAAGAGUACUGGGGUAUCUCUAAAGGUUGGAUUGAUGAAGAAACACUGUCACCUUGCCUGUCUGGCCUUGGAAUGGCUAUUGCUGUGAAAAGACAUGAACUGGGUUUGCAAGCAAAAGUUCAUUACCUAGGUAUGUCUACACAUCCCAACCUUGUUAAGCUCAUUGGCUACUGCACGGUUGACGACGAGUCGCUACUAGUGUGCGAGUAUAUGCAACGUGGGAGCUUGGAAAAUCAUCUUUCUCGGAGAUCUAGUUCUAGUCCUCUUUCAUGGAACCUAAGGUUGAAGGUUGCACUUGGAGCUGCAAAAGGACUAGCUUUCCUUCAUUCUGCGAAAAUUGUUUAUAGAGACAUGAUGACUAGCAAUAUUCUCCUUGACACUGCGUAUGAUGCGAAGCUAUCUUGUUUCGGAUCAAAUGGUCCUAUUGGUGCGAGAGAUUAUGUGUCCACAGCAGCAACCCUAACGUAUGCUUAUGCAGCUCCGGAUGAUCUGUCAACAGGGGAACUUACUGUGCAGAGCGACAUCUACGGUUUUGGGGUAGUGCUUCUGGAGUUGCUGACGGGUCGUUGUGCCUUUGAUAUAAACCGGCCGAAGGGGGAGCAGAAUCUUGUCGAAUGGGCACGGCCACAUCUCAUAAACAGGCGCAAGAUAUGCCGUUUGGUGGAUACCAGACUAGGAGGUGAAUACUCCACAGGCGGGGUGAAGAAAGUCGCUGCCCUUGCUCUUGAAUGCCUGGUCUUGGAUGCUAAGAUGAGGUCGUCCAUGGGCAAGGUGGUCUCUGUUCUCGAAGGAAUUCGAGACUCCAUUGAUCAACACAUAAAACGAGCACAUCUCAAGUCCAAUGGUAAAGGGAAAAUGUGGACAUUUGGGUAA